UCCCAAUUUCCCAUUGGCUAUAGUUGCUAGAUGCUACAUCAAAUCUGGUGAGAAAGUUCCUUCUUUUUUUCAAAACCCUCAUAAAUUUGGGGUCAGAAUUGAACACCACAGGUAGAACGGGAUAUACCAUUUCAAUGACUCUGGCCAGGAAACAAGCUUAACCUUGGUCGCUGUCUUUUCUUCUCCUUGGAUGGAACAAACUAGAAAUGGGAAGAGAAGUUUGAAUUCACAUUCUCCUAGCUACCUUCUUCUCCUAACCAUAAACAACCAAUCCCCAAAUAUUAAAGCUUUUUUGUUGAUGUAAGGGACUAAUUAGGAGGGUGGUGUUUGGGUUAUUAGCCCUUAGGGUUUAUAAAUGUUGAGUACCUCUUCUUAUUCUGCCUUUAGUCGCUCCUUUCUUCCGAUUAAGGGUUUUCCUCGACCCGUCGCACUACGUCCUUUUCAUCGGAUCUUGGAAUCCCAUGCCAAGUCUCCAAAAAAUAGAUUGAGUAUUCAGUGCUUUAGGCACGAUCAUCUUUCUCCAGAAACACCCCAACCUGAAGUUAUAGAGCACUAUUUUCAUGAGGAACUGGUGCAAUCUGAAUUCAGUGACUCCAGUGCUGUCACCAAGAGAGACUGGAAAUCAUCCCUUCAGAAGGCUGCAAAUGAAGUAUUCAAGGUAAUUGGUUAUCCAUGGGUUGUGCCAUGGACUGCAAUGACUAUAUUACAAGUUAUGCUUCUUUGGACGACAGCAUUUUGGUUUAUAGGAUCUUGGAUGAUUCCUUUUGCAGCCCAUAUAACUGGCUUUAGCAAGGAGUCUUUAACAUUUAGAGGGCAAGCACUAUUCAGCCUGGUUACCGAUGUAACUGAAGGACUUGCCGGAGUUGCAAUUCUUCUUCGCUGUCUUUCUCGAUUUCGGCCUCUUCCACCGGACUGGUUCAGGUUUAGCCUGAAAGGCAAUUGGCAAUUAGAUGUGAUCAUGGGAUGUCUCAUGUUUCCACUUGUGAAUCGGCUGUCACAGUUCAACCUGGACCUACUACCCCUUUUACCCUCUACACCUGUCACCCUUUCUAGUGUUGAACAAUCAAUAAGGGCAAGGGAUCCGGUGGCAAUGCUAUUGUAUGCAACUGUUGUAUCAGUGUGUGCUCCUGUAUGGGAAGAGAUAGUUUUCCGUGGCUUUCUACUCCCAUCCCUCACCAAAUACAUGCCAGUGUGGUGUGCAAUACUGGUAAGUUCAAUUGUCUUUGCGCUUGCACACUUCAACAUACAGAGGAUGCUGCCCCUUAUAUUUCUUGGCAUGGUGAUGGGUGUGAUAUAUACACGGUCAAGGAAUUUACUGCCACCAAUGCUGUUGCAUAGUCUUUGGAAUGGUUUUGUCUUCUUAGAUUUGAUGAAAUAGCUUCUUCCAAGUUGUGAUUGUGUAGGUAGAAUUGCAAGCACUAGGAUGCGGGCUUAUGCUUUGGAUCAGCAUCUUCACAAGUAAACGCUGACCAAGUGCAUGUGCUAGGAGUAACAUCAGUUAAUGUACUCUUACAGUUGUACAUUGUAAAAAAACAGAGCCCCACUUUUGUCCAUAUCUGUGAUGAUAUUUGACAGGUAUAAUUAAAACAAUCUAUUGAGUAACCCCUUUCCCUUUUCUGUGAACAUUAA